UUAAUACAUUACCCUUUGGACAUGAUCAAAAUGCCAUUUUCAUACUUUUAUAACAUAUAAUGUUAGUAGUAAAUGAAAUAAUAUGUAGUGGUAAUAUUUAUAAAGAACAAUUAAAUAAAUUGAAGCAGGUGAGGCUGAGGACAGAAAAUUGUCGAGAUGAGUUCACCAAAACUAAACGAAAGGUGUUCGAGCAGUUUGAGCAACGGCAAAAAACUGCUAAGCAAUGAUUCCAAAGAAGAUUCUUUAGAUAAUUCAAUAAGAGAACCAGGAAAAGGAGGAGGGAAGGGCGAGGAAGAUUGGCGAAGACGUACUAUCAUAGUUGAAAAGAAAAACGGCACCUAUGGAUUUACGCUUCAGAGUUAUGGCAUACAUUAUAAAAAGGAACAAGAGAUAGAAGUCAUCACGUAUGUUGAUCAUGUAGAAUCUGAAGGUCCAGCAGCGGCAGCUGGUAUGCGGGAAGGUGAUGUUAUUUUAUCAAUCAACGGCGCAGAUGUGGAACGGGCGGAUCAUGCCGUCAUAGUGGAUUCUAUCAAUGCCUGUGAUGCGCGUAUGCGAAUGGUUGUAAUAUUUGAAGAUUGUGUACGAAAAGUUGAAUUACAUCUUAAAUAUAUCAACCUACAAAGAGCUAUUCAAUCUAAAAUGCGUGAACUCGAACAACUAACUAUUCGCGAAAGACAGCUUUUUGAUUCAAAUUGGAAAACCCAUAGCUUACCUUCACAAAAGAAGAAAAACUCCCCGUCGGAUGUUAUAUCCGAUAGUGAAGAAAACAAUGUCGGCGAUAAUAUAAAUAACCCCUAUUGUAGGCCUACACUCUCAAGCGAAAAUGUUACCGCUGCUAAACCACCACAAACUAAUGUGUUUAUGUAUCAAUAUCUUGAUCCACGUUAUGGGACUUGUCUUAUACAGCCAAAUAUACACUCGGGGAGCUUUGUCAUUACUGUAGGAUCUCCACGCAAUAGACGGGACUGUCAUCAUUUUGUUGUAAAAACUCCAGGAGAAUGUCAUCGAGCAUCUGAUCAUAAAUCAAGUAAUACGAAACAUUCAAAAGUCCACAGAAGUAAUCACAGUCACAGUUGUGCGCCUUGUGUGCCAAAUUAUAAUAAUCAAGAUGCAAAUAGUCUUGAAGCUUAUGAUCUUGCUAGCCCCUGCUGUGAUCCUCACUGCGUACCUAAUACUAAAAAGAAAAUUAGACGUAAAAAAGAUUGUUCUAAGGAACAUAAAAGAAAAGAUAAAUGUCAUCAAGUCGAUAAAUCCACACAAAAGCCUGAUAACUCCUCUCAUGGCAGAACAAAAAAAGUAUGUGCUCCAGGACAUUGUUCAAGUCGUUACCGUUAUUUACAAACAGAGUCUACUCAAACGAGUCAAUGUAGUCUGCAGUCCUAUGCGACUAGUAACGCUACAGUACCAUGCGAUAACUCCGCUUCAAGUUACAGUACUUCGUUAAGUAGUGACACUCUCUUUUGGGAUAAUGAUCGUGCUGAGAAUAAGUCGUCUCCAAAAAUACAGUAUCAAAGUUCACACCAGCACGUCAAACCAAAAUCUUGGGACAAUUUAACAACAAAAGCAUUUGGUGGUUAUGGUUUUGGGUAUGGCUACUUAGACACAGGCACAAAACAUUCAAAUCGAUCAAAAAGUCAUGGGAGAAGUCAUAGCGGACGAAGUACUCAAAGUCAUCAUGAAUAUCAGCAUCAUUCACAAGAAAAGCACACUCAUCGACAAAGUGCGAUACCACAUCAUUAUUCAAUUUACAGCAAAGGACAUUCACGAUGCGCACCUACUAAAUCAACAGAGAGCCUUAUCGUGGUACCUAAAUAUCAGUUGGAAAGUAGUGGCUCCGAAAGUAGAUUAGCAUGCGAUUGUACAGAAACUAUUGAAUAUUACCGCAGAAUUAGCGUCAACAAAAACCCAGGAGACACGCAUUCUACAAGCUAUUAUUCUCAUCAAUUUAUAUAUCCUACGCAUACAUAUAAGAAAAAGGACUCAAACGUUAGUUCCGAAAUAACAAGGCUAUAAUCAAUUUUUAUCGCUAUGAUAUCUUUAAUGCUCAAUAAUAGGCCUAAUAGGUUAUAUUGUAUACAAUUAUAAUUAUUGAAUUAGACAUAUUACAAUAAUAUUACGUAGAAGUAGCGCAUGUUUUAACUGCUUUGUACUCACUUGUUGAUU